UCCUUCUUUUCCUUUCCUUGGGAACGCUUUGAUUUGAUUUCUACAUUGUAUAUUUGAAAUACUCUCAUUGUUUCAAUUUAGUCCUGAACUCUCAUUGUUUUAAUUUAGUCCUGAACUCAUACUAACAAUGGUACAAACAUUGAUCUAUAGGCACAGAUGGAAUUAACAUAUGUUGAAAGUAAUAUUAAAACAGGAGAUAUCCUGCACCCCACCCCUUCAGUGCGUACAGUAUUCUGAAAGAAAAUAGCUGAUAAAUAUUCAAGGCAGAUAUGAGUGUGUUUUAUAUAAGUGUGGACAUUGUAAAGCAUUCUUGUAUCCCAGCCUGAUGUGUAAGCAUAACUAACUUGCCACAAGAAUUUAAUGCUUCUGGUAAACCUCAGUGUGGGCAGCAUUUAGUCCACACUGACCACUGGAGAUGAAAAGGGGACUGUGUUUGUGAACAUGCUCCCUCUGGAACUCCUGAUGAAGUAAAAGGGUACUGGUGUAAGGGAAGGAACAGCCAUUGUGCAGGGCAGGUCAGCCUGGCUUGAUUUACACUUUCAUGUAUAGAUCAAAAAGUCAAGAGGUUAAAGACUGAAUCUUAUAUUGUUUUCUGAACACUUGCUUUCGCAGCUCUUGAGCAUAUUUGUAAUUUGUGCCCCACCUAACUUCCUUCAGCUGUUCUCCCUGAUGCAGAGUACUUCCCUUUCCUGUGUGACUUUUCCUCUCUUCAUUCUGUUUCCACAGCAAUCAGGACUUUAUGAAUAUAAAAUCUUUGGUGGCCUUGCUGAUGUUCCCCCAAAAUUGUGUGUAGAUGUCUACAUGGACUUGGAUUUCAGAAAAGAGUGGGAUCAGUAUGUUAAAGAACUGUAUGAGGAAACAUAUGAUGGUGAAAAAGUAAUCUACUGGGAAGUGAAGUACCCUUUUCCUCUCUCAAACAGAGACUAUGUCUACACCCGGGAAUGCCGGGAGAUGGAUGUGCAUGGGAGGAAGAUCUGGGUUGUGUUAGCAAAAAGUGUGGCUGUUCCUCAGUGCCCUGAGAAGCCUGGUAUUAUCAGAGUUAAGAGCUAUAAACAAAGCCUGGUAAUUGAAAGUGAUGGCAAGGCUGGAUGUAAAGUCUAUAUGUACUAUUUUGAUAAUCCUGGUGGCAUGAUUCCAUCCUGGCUGGUCAACUGGGCUGCCAAGACUGGUGUGCCUGCUUUCCUGAAGGACAUAGAAAAAGCUUGCCUUAUUUAUUCUAAGAACACAUAGGUGUUGAAAUUGAUCUUAAUAAUUUAAUUCCUACAUCUCUGCUCUUACAGGAGCAGAUGUUAUGUAUUACACUGGAAAAAAUCUACCUCUAAUAUUGGAAAUAAUUUUAUUUUAGUUGAGUUAUGCCUUUAGUUUUAUUAGAUUUUUUUCCAUCUCCAGCAGAAGAGCUGGCCACUAUCAGGGUAGCACCAGUAUCAGCUGCAGCUUUUGAAAGUACUCAAGUUUAUCCUUGUUCCCCAUGCUUUGCUUAUUUAUGCUGGUGGUCAGGUGUCAGCUAGAGGAGUUCUGUGAUGGAUGUGUUGCAUCCUUGCACAAGAGACAGCAGUCUUACUAGAAAAAUGUCUGAACUUGGAUUGCAAAUCCUCUGCAUGUGUUAUGCCUGGAUCUGCUUUGUUACCUUGCAGGAUGGCUUCCUCCUGAAACUCAGUAAUGGAACUUGCAUUGCAUAGGAGGAAAUGCUUCUGCUACCCAAGUUUGUCAUUCUUAAACUCUC